AUGAAGCUCACUCUCCUCACAACCCUCCUCCUAACAACCACCUCCCUUGCCCUCGCAAAACCCACCCCACCUCCGAAAUGCGGAACCUGCAACCCUCUCUCCGGGGUCAACGGGUGCGACAUCACCACCUCGUGCAUCAACACGGGUACCCGGUUCCACUGCGCCUGCCGCGCCGGGUACAAAGCGUCGAAGAGGAACAAUGACAUUACCAAGCAGUUCCGGCUGCGUAUGCCCAACUAUGAGUUCCUAGUCUUCACGCCGGAGUAUACCGAGUGCAACACGCUUUGCGAUAACCCGUAUGGCGCUAGUGGGCAGCUUUGCAAGGAGGUGCCGGUUUAUGAUAAGUGUGCUGUUUGA